AUGAAGACCACAAGGUCUGGAAGACCAUUUGUUAAGGAUAUUCAUGAUUUGUUUUCAACGCUGGUCGUUUCAUUACCAAUGGAAACUCAUAGAAAUCUAUUUAAAAAUUAUUCGAAUUCAUUUACUACAGAAGAAGCAAUAGCAAACUUAGGUUCGCUAAGAUUCACACAAUCACACCGAACUCCUGAUCCCAAAGAUCCCUCGAGAAUUGUAACGACCACAACCACUACAACUUUCAGUAUGACAAAAGAAAUGGCAAAAAGUGUCUGUCAAACAUUUAUGGAUGCAAGAUUAUUUGAGAAUUUGGGUGAUUCAAGUAGCCGUGCAUUCAAAGAUAAAAACAUAUAUGGAUUGACACAAAAAGGUCAAAGACCAAAUGUACCAAAUGUUAAUAAUCAUGAUUCAUCUUCUAUAUUGGUAAUAGAUAAUAAUGGUAGUAAUGGUUCAUUUGACCGUAAUCUUGGGAUUGAGGUGAAAGAUCGUCAGAUAAACCAAAAGAGUUAUCGCUACACGUUUACAGGAGCAUCAGCUUGUGAUUGGUUAUAUGAUUCAACAUUAUGUAAAUUAUUUAUGGAAUUCUUGAAAGCCAAUUUCUGUGCAGAAAAUCUGAUGUUUUUGUUGGAUGUGCAAAAAUUCAAACGCAAAUAUAAAACAUUAUCUAAUGAAAAUAUUAAAGAUCAACAAGAACUUUUAAUAGAUGCAUUCAAAAUCUAUCAUACUUAUUUGGCAGAAGAAUCACCAGAUGAAGUUAAUAUAGAUCAUGGAUUGCGACAAAAUGUUAUACAAUAUAUGACAUCUCUAAUGACAAAUAGCAAUAAUAAUAAUAAUGUUGUGAGAGAUAAUCAAGACGGUAAUGGUAAUAUUCUAGCUCAAAUUAAAACAACAAGUCACUUAUAUGAUAAAAUACAAGAUACAAUAUUUAGAUUAAUGGCGACUGAUUCUAUACCUAAAUUUAUUAAAACUGAUAAAUAUUUGUUGUCAUCAAGGAAUAAGUUCAAUAAUAGCAAUGAUGGCGGCAAUUCAGAGGAUCACUACCAUAGAAAUAUUUCAUCUUCUCCCUCAUCGACUAACGGUGCAAUUCAAUGCUAA